GCUUUAUGUAAACUCCACGGUCAGCGCCAAAUUGUAUAUUUUGUUUCCAAACCACACCGUGUUCUUGGUGUCUACCUAAUAGAAGACAACACAUGCUAGUUACUUAUUAACAGAAGGAGAUUCACGAUGAGAACUAUUGUACGUUCUUAUUAUUUCGUUGUCUUCAUUAGCUACGACAGUAAAUGCACCGAGUCUGGUUGGUCGGCUGGGCCCACAAUCUCAUCCAGUCGACCAAAGUUCAAGAUGGAUAAUCGCGUAGAGUCAGAGGUACCUAUUGUACCAUAUAGCAGUGUGGAGUCUGGUAGGUUUGUUGCUCAUUUAUGAAGAUACUAUUCUCUUCUCUUCUCUUGUAAACUCCAUCUUGUCAUCUCAUCCCAUCAAGAACUUCACCAGCAACAUGUUCUGUCUCCUAGCAACCGUCGCCGAUGCACUUUGUGUGCAUCCAGAUCACCUGGGUGAAGAUUUCAGUGUCGGAUACAUACCGUCAUCAUAUCUCGCUUUAAAACAUCGCAAAACAUCUAACAAGCCUCCGCGAGCGGGUCGUCCACUCUGUUCGAGCAUAUCGGAAAUUCUCGAUAGAGCCAGAAGCCCGUCACCAUGCCCAUUCGCCCACCAGCUGCCAGCGCAUCAGUUGGAGCAGUUUCCGGCAUAUGAAGAGAAUUACGGCGACUGGGAAGAGUGGAAGCGGAAUAAUGAUCAGGUCACAGUCAAUGACCACGACAUCGACCACUGCAUUCGACACUGCGUGCAUCUCAUAUGCCGCGACAUCACCGAUAAAGACAGGAAGCGCAAUUUGGAGUCCAAAGCAUGCAGGUGCUGCAGGCAUCCCCCCCUACUGGAAGAAACCUCCUCCAACCAAGAAAGGAUCUCACGUCUUCGGCUCCAAGACAUUCUCGCUGCACAAAGAGCAUACGAGAUGACCGGCCAUGACGAGACGAUCACUCUGAAACUUGACUCCGCCACCGCCCUAGUAAAAAAGAUGCGAAGCAUGGGAUAUCUCAAUCUUACCAAGUAUCUCCGCGCAUCCAAACACUUCACAAGAGAUACCACACUACAUUGUGCGCAAUACCUCGCCGCAACGCGAGCAGCCAACAUCCUCAUCUCCAAACUGCUCAAUUAUCUAUCAAUCACGCUAUCUCCCCUCGAGAACCAAACCCGCACUCUCACCAUCGCGGAGCUGGUCAAAGAGAUGACGGAAACCAUGCGAUUGGACAUCUUCUGGUGGAUAUCUGAAUGGUGUUUCCGCAACCAGGUCGAGAGGAGCGAUAAUGCUAUGGAGAGAGCGCGGAAGUUGAAAGGUUGCUUUGGCAUGGCAAGAAGGGAUUGGAUCAAGGGGAGAAUGAGUAGGGGAGUUAAGGUGCUGUUUGAGAGGAUGGAGGGAGUUGUAGUGAUGGUUAUUGCAGUAUUGUUGUGGUGGAGUAGGAUGGAGUUUGUUUCCGCAGGGGAAGGGAGGUGCCAGAACGUCGUGGCGGAGAUGAUAUAUGGAAUGGAGAGUAGUGCAAGCCAGAAGAACGGGCACUCUGCGUAAUCAAGCUGUAUCAUCGCCAGCAUUUAUUAAGUGAAAGCUCUGUUGUGC